ACUCCUCCUUCAGUCCCUCCAGCCACGCACACGCUGGCAGAGCUGCUGUCUGCAGUGGGUUGUUCAGUACAGCUGCCUGGGAUUUUUUAAACUACUCCCUCCUUAAAGUCCGGGAUCGGACGGUGAACGAGGAGGAAAGGAGAGACCAAGAAGAGACGAGACGAGAUUUGUCUUAGUCAUUUGUUUACUGUGUAGCCGGAGGACAGAGAUGAUGGAGACCAAAGUGUGGAUUGCCCUUUGUGCGCUGCUGCUCAUUAACUUGGGAUCUGCUGAUCAUGAUCAUGAUCACCCUGCUGCCUCCUCUGCUUCACAAAGUGCUCCUGAGACUCCAGCUGCAGAGUCUGUGCCCACUUCCAGCCCGGUCCCCAUCAGUCACACAGCUGCUGCACAUCCUCUGAACGACUCUGACACAAGUCCGAACAGCACCAGCAGUUUGAGCAUCAAGACUACGGAGGGAGUAACCAUCUCCGUGAUACCGGAACCAAAGGAAGUUAAUGGCACCAACACCGUCUCUCCUUUAAAGACUGACGCUCCUGGAAACCAAUCGACAGAUCAGCCGACAACACAGGCUCCAGUUCCUCCUUCUGAGAGCCCCAUUUCUACGUCUCACCCCACUCCUGCCCCCACAAGCACCGGCCCCACACACACACCUCACACCACCCCUGCACACACACCAACCUCCUCGCCAAACACAAUACAUCAUACUGCACUUCCACUUCCUGACGUUACACCGUCAAACCAUCCCAGUCACAACGAAACACACUCAUCCACUACUGUCCCAACACCUGAGCUACCAAAACUCGAAACUACCCCUGUGACCAUCAUCUCCCAGUCCAGUUCAUCAUCCGACUCCUCUCAAGAGCCCACCAAAACUGAGUCACCGCCACAAAGCACGCCACACACCGACGGACAUCUUCGCACCUCUAACAAACCCCUCCUAAAGUCUACCACCAACCCGACCACCAGCCCCUCCGCCCAGGCCACGCACCAUGCCGACAACCCCUCCCAGCUCAACGUUGGCGAAGACCCGACGAAGGUCCGUGACUCACCCACAUUAGACCCCCUCCUGGCCGGCCUGGUGUCAGCCUUUAUCAUCACUGCUGUCAUCAUCACUCUGCUCCUCUUCCUCAAACUGCGCCGAAGAGACAACCGACCUGAGUUCCGCAGGCUGCAGGAUCUACCCAUGGACGACAUGAUGGAGGACACACCUUUGUCCAUGUACAGCUACUGAUGGAGGCAUGACUGAAACAUUUCUGGCGCCCAAAUACUCUCCUUGAAUCCAGGCUCAUGCUGCAGCGGCUGCUGAACCUGGCCUUUCUUCCUUAAUCUGCACCAAACAGAGAGAAUCCUGGGUAGGUGCAAGCCAAGUCUGGAUCGCUUUCAUUUAUCUGACAUGUCGGAAAGGACACAAUUGAAGCUGCAAUGGACAAUGAAGAUAUCGCCCAUGUCGGGGGCAAAAGCCUAUUUUGGUGCCUGUAAUUACAAAUUAGGCCAACGCCUCAGUUGAAUACUGUAUGCUUAAUAUUUUCAGCCCUGCUUUUGGGGGUGUGGGAGGUGUAUAAAAUAGUGAUUUCCCUGGAGUUGAAAAGGGUAAAACUGGCGGCAACUUCAUCAGUGAUAUCCAUCAUUUUGAUGGUUCACACCUGGACGCAGAUUCAGCCUGUCCUGCCAGACUCUCACCUGAGGGUCUAAUUUCCCUGUUAUCAGUUAGUGUUGGAGACUCUGGUGGUGUGACUGAGAGGCCAGAGAAAAGAACAUAACAUGAGGCCUGAUUAUAGUGUUAAAAAGUUGCACUUUACUUUUUCAGGAGUGGAAAAAAAAAGGACAAAUAUUUUUGUGUAUGAGAAAAAUUGUGUGCAUAUGUAAGUGCAGCCAAGUGUGUGUUUGUAGGUGUGUGAGCCUGUUAAAGGUGCAUGUGUGGAUUUGUGAAGGCAUGGCAGGGGAUAUUUAAGCAUUUUCUCUCUCUUUUUUUUUUAGUUUCUUUGUUGAAGGUCCUGCUGCCUUUUGGCCUGAUUUUUGAGAUGUGUUUGUUUGUGUUUCUUUCCUGAAACCUUGUGUCCAGGAGAGAGUGCCUUACACAGUAUAGCAACAGCUCUUAUUGAAUACAGUAUUUAUAUUCAAACCGACUAACUUCCAGAUUUACCCGUCAUUCCCAGUGCUUUGUGUGAAUCCCAUUUAAACGCACUCUCAGGCCCGGGCAGCUGCUCUGACUUGCCUGUGUUUAAACACUUGCCUUGAGCGUGUUCACCACUCAUUCAUAUGAUGACAGUUGCAGGCUGAAAUUGGCCCAGUGGCCUUUCCACACAAUGUUGGCAUUGUCCUGUGUGUUGUAAAUACUACUGAUGAUUGCGUCAUGCAAAGACAACUUUAUGAAACUCUUCAUCUUAGUUGCUGCUUUAGCGUUCACCAGGCACAAACAUAUUGAAAAUGUUACGCGGGACUCAUCUGACAGCACCUUGUUCAUAAAUAUUCCAUUGAUCACACUGUGUGUCAGCCUCGCUGCGUCUUUGCUCUGCAGGAAAAUAUGAGUGGGAACGAGUCGCACGCAGGACGACAGAACAGCCAACGUCGAUAGAAAUCUAUUGGAGCUUAUACUUGUGCAUAUUAUUUAAUCUCUGUGCCAUGAGUGACUACCGAUAUGUGACAAAUGGAAGGGGAAAUCAAAGUUAAAUGUCCAAGGCAUUGGGGCACCUAAAGAUUAGGACUGGGUAUCAAUAAUGAUACUUUUAAAGCUUGAGUGUGUAGGAUUAAGGGGGAUAUACUGGUAGAAAUUGAAAAUGAUAUUAUAAGUAUGUUUUCUUUAGUGUAUAAUCACCUGAAAAUAAGAAUUGUCGUGUUUUUGUUACCGUAGAAUGAGUGGGUUAUAUCUAAAUAGGGAGCAGGUCCUCGUCUACAGAGAUCACCACGUUACUACAGUAGCCCAGAAUGUACAAACCAAACACUGGCUCUACACAGAGCCAAUGGCGUUUUUGUGUCAGUUAGAAGCCCAUCUGCAGCAAGAGGGUUGGAAAAACCCAUAUUUUUUAAAGUUGAAACUGCUUUACUUCAGUGUUUUUACUGUUUUAAAAAAUUUUUUGGAGAAGAUGAGGAUCAUUAUCUGGGGAAAAUUCGGCUUUCGGUAAAAAGCUCCUGAAUGUUCUCAGAGAAAAAAGUGAGCACAUAUAAGCAGGUGCUUAGCUAGUGGCCUGCAUGCAACAUAGCAAACAGUGUAGGAGAAACACUGAUUUGUAAUGUGAAACUGCUUUUUCAGUGUUUUUACCAGUUUCAAUCACCUGGUCCGG